GAGAUAACAGAUCAGAUGGAGGAAGGGAGAGGUAAAGGGAGUGCGAAUUCAGCCGACCAGCUUAACUCUAGUAUAACGGCUUCAUUGGACAGAGAGAGGCUGGGAAGCUCUGGCAGAGGAAUACAAAUAUAAGUUUUUUUUUUGCAGUUAUUUUGUAUGUAAUCAAGCUGGUUUGUUUCCUGCUUAAUCCUGCAGAAUGGUGGGACUUUCAUCCAUUGCUGUUGAGGCAGUGGAGGUGCUGGUGAAGGAGCUGGGUUUGCUGCUGAAGAUGCUGGACCAAGAGAACCUUAGCAAAUCCACCCUGGAGAAGAAAACCUCAGUGUGGAACCUCCUACAGCAGAUCCAGACAACAGAAUCAGGUCCAGACUACAUCUAUGUGAACUCCUCUGUGUACAAAAAUGGGACAAGUUUCGUGGAGUCUCUCUUUGAGAAAUUUGACUGUGAGCUUGGGGACCUGAGGGACAUCACAGAUUACCUGAAAGACGACAAGAAAACACAAGAUGACUCUUUAAAACAGAGCUGUACAGACUCCCCUCCCCCGCUGCCCACAACGCCUCCUCCUGAGGAGUACUAUGAGGAGGCGGUGCCUCUCAGUCCCGGCAUGGCUCCUGAGUACAUCAUCACACGAGACAGGUCAAGCCCUCCUAACUCUAUCGACGACGUCUAUGAAGAUACGGAAAACCCUUCCCCGCCUACUUCAGUUAACCUGCACCGCAAGAACUCCUACAAUGACUCCGAUGCUCUGAGCAGUUCCUACGAAUCGUACGAGGAGGACGAAGAGGAGAGGAGCGCCGGCGUCACUCAUCAGUGGCCUUCAGAGGAGAGCAACAUACCUCCUGUUAGAGACUGUCGCAUCUGUGCUUUCCUGCUGCGUAAGAAGCGAUUCGGCCAGUGGGCCAAACAGUUCACCGUUAUCCGGGAGAACAGGCUGCAGUGCUAUAAGAACUCCAAAGACACGUGUCCCUACGUCGACCUCCUGCUGCCGCAGUGCUCCGUGGUCUACGUACCUAAAGACAGCAAGAAGAAGCAGCACGAGCUGAGGUUCACCUUACCCAACGGCGAUGGCCUGGUGCUGGCGGUUCAAAGCAGGGAACAGGCUCACAAGUGGUUAAAGGUCGUGAAAGAGGCAAGCGGUCAAAGCGGGGAACCUGAGGAAGCCACAUCUCCCAACACCCAGAGGAAAACCGAGCUUGACAAGAGGUUGUCUGUCGACAGAAACACGUCCGAUUCAGACGGCGUGGGCGUUUCCGUGGGGGAGAGCAGCAAAGAGAACGUUAAGGUGAAACGUGGAGCUUUCGCUGCAGGACGUAAGAUCACACGCAUCAUCAGUUUCUCCAAGAAGAAGUCGUCCCGUUCGGGCGACUCCAGGACAUCCAGCAGCGAUCCUCGGCAAGGCUCCUUGCUGGUGCUGGUGAACCAGGUGUGGCGAGAGCACUGGUGCUGUGUGUGCAGAGGCUCCCUGCACUUCUACCAGGACAGGGGGGACCCUCGGAGCUCCCUGCCUUCCCUUCCCCUGAAUGGCUGUGAGGUGGUCCCCGGGCUGGGACCCAAACACCCCUUCGCCUUCCGUAUCCUGAAGGACAGCACGGAGAUGGUGGCUCUGGAGGCGAGCAGCUCUGAUGAACUUGGACGGUGGCUCGGCGUCAUCCUCGCGGAAACAGGCUGCGCCACAGACCCGGAGUCCCUGCACUACGACUACGUCGACGUGGAGACCCUCGCACACAUCCGGGACGCCGCUCGAAAUUCCUUCCUGUGGGCCACCUCCUCCAGCAGCACCUCCACAGACUCCAGGACGUACGACGAGGUUCCCGCUGAGGUCACACAGACAAGGGAGAAAUCAGUGAAUCAAGGGAGGAGUGGCUCCAGUUUCUCCCAGAGCGACUUUGACCAAGCCAAGUCAUUAGUUUCCCUGAAGCGGACCGGCUCCAAUACCAACCCCUAUGGAAGGUAUGGGAAAACUCGAGCCGAGGAAGACGCCAAACGUUACCUCAGAGAAAAAGAGGGGCUGGAAAAAGAGCGGGACGGAAUCCGAAACGCGCUGGUGACACUGCGGCAGCAGAAGAGGGACCUGAAGGAGGAGCUUAAAGUGGCCUCAGACAGGAGGAAAUCCUUCCUGAAUAAGCGCGUGUCCCAGCUGGAUGAAGCGUGCAAGGCCAAAGAGGCCGAGAGGGUGGACCUGGAACUGAGACUGACACAAGUCAAGGAAAACCUGAAGAAGAGCCUGGCAGGCGGCGCACUGGGUGCACCUGUGGAGGCCGAGCUACUCGCCAAGAAGUCAGGUAAACGAGUUCAGAACACCUACAGCGAUGCCCUACCGGUGAACUGCGCUGCAGAGAUGCGAAAGAGACCGCCGUCCAUCUGUGCUUCGUCUGCUGGAACCGUCAUGCAGAAAGCCAAGGAAUGGGAGUUAAAGAAAAGAACCUAGGAGGGCUUUGAUGGAAAAGACUGAAGCGAAUCGAUAUCAGGGUGUAGAUUUUAUCCCUAUUCCUUGUUUUUUUUUCUUUUUUCAUCUGAAUCAUCUACCAGAUUGAUCCAAAAGCCCAAACUUUUUAUUCUGAAAUUUGGACAUAUGUAAAAGACAAUUCAAAAGUCCACCACAAGGUGGAGGUAUAUGUCUACUGAAGAUGAGCUGUUUUUUGCUGCCGCCCAUAAAAAUACCACUUGGACUAUUGACUCGCCAUCUAUUCUAACUGUCUAAUUCGCCCUGAAUGGGUCAAAGAAAAGAAAAGGGUUUAUGUGACAAAGGAAAAAGAGACGUGAAGUGGAAGCAGAGAGAGUGCAUAACGAAAGAUGUUAUCGGAAGCACAUGAAAUGGUGUAAAGGUGCUCCCACCUGACUAAUGUGAUGUUUAGGAGAGACUUUAACUUUAAAGUGCCUUUUUA